CCAACCCGGCUGCGCUACAGACGCAUCCAUGAGCGAAACCGCGAUGGCCGUGGUGCAGCUCGAGACGGAGGACCAUCAACCGGAGAACGGCUUCGUGUCCCCCGAAACAGAGUCGCCGGGAUUGCUCACACGCAUCGACGAUUGUGUCUUGCCUUUUCUUGGGGGAUUUGGGAAGUAUCAGAGACAGCUAAUCGUGCUGACGUGGAUUCCGGCGUUAUUUAUUGGAUUCAGCCAGUACUCUGAUGAAUUCCUUCUUGCCCAACCGAACAAUACAUGUGUUCCUCCAACUGCAAAUACGACUAAUUUUACUAUAAUUCCUUCCUCUUUAUUUCAUGGUCCAAAUAAUAGUUUCCCACGAACAGCAGCGUACGUGUAUUACAAUGGCACCCACAAUAAUACAGCCAGGCAUCUGCAACAUUGUAUGUGCAAGGAGUGGACGUUUGAGCUGCAUACGGGACUAAUGCAGAAUGUGGUUACUAAGUGGAGUCUGGUGUGUGACUCGGCGUGGAAGGUCCACAUCGCUAAGUUCUCUCUGCUGGUGGGAUCCAUAUUUGGAUACCUGGUCUUUGGGGUCCUGGCAGACUGGUUUGGUCGCCACCCAGUCCUAAUAAUCUCGGUCCUGUUCAUGCUGGUGUUCGGUCUGACCGUGGCCUUCUCGGUCAACGUUCCCAUGUUCAGCACCCUGCGCUUCUUCGAGGGCUUCUGCUUGGCAGGCAUCGCCCUCUCCCUCUACAUCCUCAGGAUUGAGCUGUGCCUACCAGCCUGGCGUUUCUCCAUGACCAUGGUUGCCAGCUUCGUGGUGCUGGGCGGGCAGCUCCUGAUGCCAGGGAUGGCAUACGUCUGUCGAGACUGGCAGGUUCUGCAGGCUGUCAUCAUCUGCCCGCUUCUCCUCAUGCUGGCUUAUAUCUGGAUCUUCCCCGAGUCUCUGCGGUGGCUGCUGGCCACUCAACAGUACGGCCGCUCCAAGUGGAUCAUGGGACACAUCAUCAAGAAGAACCAGGUCAACCCCGAGCUGGACACUGACCACAUCCUUACAGAGCUGCAGAACGCUCUUCACAAGAAACCCAAAAAGACCUGUAUCGUAAAGAUGGUGGGGACAAGGAACCUGUGGAAAAACAUUGUGGUCCUCUGUGUGAACUCACUGACUGGCUAUGGCAUCCACCACUGCUUUGCCCGCAGUAUGAUGGACCACCACGAGACCCACGAGUCCACCAUGUUCCACAACUUCUACGCUGACUACUACACCAUGGCGGGCAUCGCCGUGGCUUCAUGCAUGGCACUGUGCCCGGCGGUGGGCCUGAUGGGGAGGAGGGGAGGCCUGCUCAUGUUCAUGAUCAUCACUGCGCUGGCAUCAUUGCUGCAGCUUGGCCUGCUCAACUUGCUGGGGAAAUACAGUGUCCAUCUGAAUAUAGAGAGCUCAGAUACACUUAAUAAGAACUUCUCCAUCGCCUUUUCCAUCAUCGGCAUGUUCUCCUCCCACGCUGUCAGCAACCUGAGCAUCUUCUUCUGCGCUGAGAUCACCCCCACCGUCAUCAGGGGUGGUGGUUUGGGCCUGGUACUAGCCAGCGCUGGCUUCGGCAUGCUGACCGCCCCCAUCAUGGAGCUGCACAAUCAGAAGGGCUACUUCCUCCACCACAUCAUCUUCGCCUGCUGCACCCUCAUCUGCAUCAUCUGCAUUCUCCUCCUCCCCGAGACGCGCUACCAGCCCCUGCCCGAGACCCUGGCCGACGGGGAGUGUUACACCCGCCAACCCCUGAUGCCCCCCAAGAAGCCUGGCGAACAGCGCCUCCUCCUGGCCCAGUCAGAGAGCAGCAGGGACUACACCCGGGUCCACGACACACCACUGCACGAGGCGGCCGCCACCACCGUCUUCACCAUGGACUCCACGGCAUCUUCCGCUGUUGACCUCACGGCACCGUCGUUUAUAGUUAUUUUGCCGCCCCCCACUACAGAGUUGACGUCAUUCCAGCCUGAGCCUGAUCCUGAUACUGUGCCCCUGGUUAAGAAAGACCUCAAUGGGAAAUCCGUUACGCCCCCAUCUGGUACUCCCAUGGUGGCCCUAGAUAAGGCAGGCGUUGUACUGCCUAGUAAAGAGCACCUGUUAUCUUCCAAACCUAGAAAUAGUGCUCUCACUCCCUCCAAUUCCCUUCUGAAGUCCACUGAAGAUUCUACUGAUAUACCCCUAAUUGAGAUUCUACUGAUAUACCCCUCAGCCCCCUCCCCUACUAAGGACGUUACCACUGCCACUGAUACAGAAGACCUCCCUACCUCCAUCUUGGUCAACACCAUUCCCCCUGUUAUUGAAACCCAUCCUAUCUCUUCAUUGGACUCAACCACUCCACCAGUACUUGAUUCAUCCUCUACCUCCACAUUGGGCUCUACCCCUCCCCCUGUCAUAAAAAACACCCCUACAUUGGACUCUACCAUUCCCCCUGUCAUAGAAACUCCUUGUACCUUGGGCUCUACCACUCACCCUGUAAUUGUCCCUAUCCCCCCUUCUCCAACACCCUCCCCUACUGUCAUCAAUGACAUUGUUCCCCUUCCCCCCAUGGUCGACUGUACCACUCCUAUUGAUUCUACUGACCCCAUCACCACAGAUUUGAUCAUUCCCAUUCUAAUAGACUCUGUAGAUGACAAACUCCCCCCUCCUCCUACCCAUAAUUCAGACUGUACCAUUCCCCCUGUCACAGACUCUGUCCAUACUCCAGAGUUGGACUCUUCAUGUGUUAAGGAUGUUGUUGUCUCUCCCUCUUCCCCUGUCGUAGCUCAUUCCCCUGUUCAUUACCCCACCCCCCUAUCACCACCACUGCCACCCAUUGACUCAGUUCAUAUCCCAACAACAGUGGACUCUUCCACUCCCCCUGUCAUAGACACUGUUCACCCCCUCACUGUGGACUCUACCACUCUCCCCAUCACAGACAUUGUUCAACCCCUUACAUUGGACUCUACAACUCUGCUUUUCAUAGACUCACUUCUCCCCAACAUAACAGACUCUGAGACCACAGAGGCGGCCCCUGCUUCCACAAUAAUGGACUGCACCAUCUCCUCCCCAAUAGACUCAGGUAUCCUCCCCGUAAUGGAUUGUGCCAUCUCAGAAAACAGCGCUGUCAACGGGGUGGUGUCUUCAUGAUCCAAGGCUCCACCUGUGGAACAAGGAGGUGGGCCCCUCCCUCAUGGAGGAAGAAGCCCUAGUCACCUAUGUCACAUGACGGGGGUCACUAACUGGUCUGUCAGGCCUCAGACAUUUUAGCUGCUCUGUCGGGAGACUGCAAGUGACAAACAGGAGGGUAACAGCUUGAGCUUGGGCCAAGUUUUUUUGUGUCAUACAUCUUACUGGGAACAGCCAGAGAACAGGACAGGGUUGUGGUGACAGUGAUGAGUGGUUAGGGACAGUUCGAAAUUUACUGGGAGGGUAAUGCGUUUUUUCCCCCAGGUUUACAUUCACCCUAUUUGCAGGUUUUACUAUAUGAUUUAUUCCAUCAUCUGCUUGCAUGCACCUCCCCUAUAUCAAGGUGUUUUGGAGGUUCCAUUAUGCACUGCACUUCUCCACAUACUAACUAUACCACAGGACAAUAUAGUCUACCAGUCUAACUGUCUAUCCUGCCCUCUAUCCAUCUUUCAAAGUGACAAUAGUGGUAGGUGGACAGUUUGUCGAGAUCUGCAAUAACUAGCGAUCAUACCACACAUAAUAUCAUUCAAAGCUGCACCAAUAUAAGUGUAGAGACCAGGUGCGUCAUUGCGCAUGAAAGAACAGUGAAGACAUGAGACAAAAAAUCUCCCCUAUACUGUAAAUCUUGUUUUAGGGACUGUACAAUUAUUCUACCUAGUCUAGCCUAGAACACAUUAUUGCUUUCAAGUCAGUACAUUUUACUCUAGGCUGUGAACUGCAGUGAAAAUGUCAUUGAAUAAUAUUUCAUUCCAUUCAUUCCAUUUGGCUCAAUUGUUGGUCUGCUCUAGAACAAGGGUCUCCAACAGGUCCAGUAGAUCGCAGCCCACCUAUGAGUAGCUCGCAACCCACCUAUGAGUAGCUCGCAGCUCACCUAUGAGUAGCUCGCAGCCCACCUAUGAGUAGCUCGCAACCCACCUAUGAGUAGCUCGCAGCCCACCUAUGAGUAGCUCGCAGCCCACCUAUGAGUAGCUCGCAGCUCACCUAUGAGUAGCUCACAGCUCACCUAUGAGUAGCUCGCAACCCACCUAUGAGAAGCUCGCAGCCCACCUAUGAGUAGCUCGCAACCCACCUAUGAGUAGCUCGCAGCCCACCUAUGAGUAGCUCGCAGCCCACCUAUGAGUAGCUCGCAGGCCACCUAUGAGUAGCUCGCAGCCCACCUAUGAGUAGCUCGCCAAAUAAUUCUGAAAGUACAUGCAAUAUUCACAUGGCCCACUGCAAACUGUCAUAAACAAAUCUCUCAAGUAUCAGACACCGCAGCUACCCAGCUACUAUCUAAUAAAUGCACCGUUGGCAUUAUCCCACCCCUGGUUAGCCACUAAAGGCCUAAAAAGCCAAACGUAAAACAAUAUCUGCCAAUUAAUUUUCCAGCAAUAUUGCCCCGGUCUGUCUGUGUGAUGCACGCGUUUGUCUAUCACUUCAUGUGGAGCCAGUUGAUGUGAUAACUGUCUUGUGGGUUUCCCCAAAGCCUUCUCAAUCAGAUGUUGACUGCAAAGUCAUGAGUAAGUAUAUCAUUUGUGUCUAAACUGAACAAAAAUAUAAAUGCAACAUGCAACCAUUUCAAAGAUUUGACUGAGUUUACAGUUCAUAUAAGAAAAUCAGUCAAUUUAAACAAAUUCAUUAGGCCCUAAUCUAUGGAUUUCACAUGAAUGGGAAUACAGAUAUGCAUCUGUUGGUCACAGAUUUAAAAAAAUAUAUAAUAAUUAAAGUAGGGGCGUGUAUCAGAGAACUAGUCAUUAUCUGGUGUGACCACCAUUUGUCUCACACAUCUCCUUCACAUAGAGUUGAUCAGGCUGUUGAUUGUGGCCUGUGGAAUGUUGUCCCACUCCUCUUCAAUGAUUGUGCAAGGUUACUGGAUAUUGCCGGGAACUGUAACACGCUGUCGUACGCUUCGAUCCAGAGAAACCCAAACAUGCUCAGUGAGUGACAUGUCUGAUGAGUAUGCAGGCCAUGGAAGAACUGGGACAUUAUCAGCUUCCAGGAAUUGUGCACAGAUCCUUGCGACACGGGCCAUGCAUUAUCAUGCUGAAACAUGAGGUGAUGGCGGCGGAUGAAUGGCACCACAAUGGGCCUCAGGAUCUCGUCACGGUAUCUCUGUGCAUUUAAAUUGCCAUUGAUAAAAUGCAAUUGUAUUUGUUAUCCGUAGCUUAUGCCUGCCCAUACCAUAACCCACCUUGCCACUCAGUUGUAAGGCCUCUUGGACGUACAGCCAAAUUCUCUAAAAUUAUGUUGGAAGUGGCUUAUGGUAGAGAAAUUAACAUUCAAUUUUCUGGUAACAGGUCUGGUGGAAAUUCCUGCGGUCGGUAUGCCAAUUGCUCGUUCCCUCAAAACUUGAGACAUCUGUGGCAUUGUGUUGUGUGACAAAGCUGCACAUUUUAGAGAGGCCUUUUAUUGUCCCCAGCACAAGGUGCACCUGUGUAAUGAUCUUGCUGUUUAAUCAGCUCCUUGAUAUGCCACACCUGUCAGGUCGAUAGAUUAUCUUUGCAAAUGAGAAAUGCUCACUUACAGGGAAGUAAACAAAUUUGUGCAUAACAUUUUAGAGAAAGCUUUUUUUGUAUGGAAAAUGUCUGGGAUCUUUUAUUUCAGCUCAUGAAAUAUGGAAACCAAAAAAAAUUGCGUUCAUAAACUUCAUAAACUUUGCCAUGAAAUAAGUAGCAGCAGUAGAGAACCAUCGCUAGACCGGCACAUUAGACGGCACAUUCCUCACUUGUGGAAUUAAAGGGCCAGAUGUGGAACUAAAGGGGAAUUACACUCAAAGAUCAAUUUAUUCGUUUUUUCCAGACCUAAAAAAAUAUAUAUAUUCUGAUGUGAUUUUAAGCAUUGGCAUGGAGUCAGAACAUCCAAUUUUGUUGUUUCUUAAUGAACUAUUAUUGUAAUUUUGAGUUUUAAAUUGUUUUAAUCUAAACCCACAAUUUAUUUUUUACUGAGAACUUAAUUUGGGAAAAUAUUCAAUAUAUUUUAGGGGAAUUAUUAAUAUUUUUUUUAAUUAAAAUUAUUUUAUAAGGGCCCCCUUUUUAGAGUUGUUCAUUAACCAUUAUUUUUGCCAGGUAUAUUUACAGAAAAAAAUGAUCUUGUACACUAAGGACCUGGCGAUGAAUUGCAGGGGAGAGGAGAAAAGGAAGAAUGUGCCUAUUUGAAAGUUUGAAAAAAAUGUGUAACUCGAGACACAUUACAUUUUUAAGCUUUUCAUGCUAGCAAAGGUUGGAGACCCCUGGUCUAGAAAUACACAGUAGCAGGCCAUUCUGGCAUUAUUUUAAGUUCUGAUACUGAGAUGCGCUGUCUGUUACGGAUCCUCAUUCUCCUAAGUCGUGAUAUAAUAAUGUGACCACAUAUGCUCCCAACAGGCCCAGUUGUUCAGGAAAGCGUCAUGGGUGCUCUGCCUCCGAGCAGCUAUUCCUCGCGCACCUAGAACCUAACACUUCAAUAUAGCCUAAAUAUUUGUCAUUUAACUUUUGGAUUACCUUUUAUGUGUGGCAUAAACACAACCAGUCACAAUAUUUGAAUCGGAUUAAGCUACUUCAAAAGUCUCCUGUAGGCUACAUGCGUACAUUUGUCCAACAUUUUAUUCAGGCAUUCAAACUGUCCAGAUUGUGGUGUUGAAAACGCAAACCAUGAUGUUGAAGCAGCCAAAGUCCAUAUAAUUUGCUUAUUGGUUGUUGUCCAUUGGCACAGAGACCUGUUGGUGGAAAAUGUGUUGCAUAUAUUUGAUAUAAUUAUAAACCGAGUGGUUGGAGCCCUGAAUGCUGAUUGGCUGAAAGUUGUGGUAUAUCAGACUGUAUACCAUGGGUAUGACAAAAAAAAUAUUUGUACUGUUCUAAUUACGCUGGUAACCAGUUUAUAAUAGCAUUAAGGCACCUCAGGGUUUGUGGUAUAUGGCCAAUAUAUCGUGGCUAAUGGCUGUAUUGAGGCAUUCCGCAUUGCGUUGUGCAUAAGAAUAGCCCUUAGCCGUGGUAUUUUGGCCAUAUACCACACCCCCUCGAGCAUUAUUGCUUAAAUAUGGCAUCAACAUUUUGAAAAUCUGAUUUCCACCUAGCUGAUCAUUGUCUGUAGCUUGCUCUGAUUGUGGUGUAGGUCUAAUGAAACAGGCCCGGGAGCGUUAGCUCUGUCCAUGGUGGUCGGCGAACUCUCAACCUUCUGGCCCGUAGCCCUACGUUGCAUCGACUGUGCCACAAAAGCAUGAUGAAGUGGAAAAGUCACAUUUAUAGACACAGGGUCACUAUAGUUAUUGUUAUUUGUGGUCACAAACAUUAUUUAGAGUUAAUUCUAUGAGGGGGGACGGUGUGCAAUUAUAUUUUACAAUACAAGAGUGUUGUGUGAAAAUAUUUUUUACUUUGAGGAUGGGGGGUGCCAUUUUUUUAGUACACCUCGAAAAUGUUGAACUGUCCCUUACUCAGCCACAGUCUGAAACUGUCAGUAAUUAUGACGUCGUCAGCGUGUGACGUUGUUGUUGUUGGGGAAAUCCUGAAUGUCAUUUUAGACUACCAGACUACCAGCCAAAACUCCAUUUAGAAUCCUUUAUCCCAAAGGUUAGUUGGAGAUUCCAUAAAUACCACAAAAAAAACAUUUGACUCUACAUUUGCCUCAACUGCAGACUUAGAUGUAUGUCCAAUGUGUUUGAUGAUGUACAUUUGCCUUAUCAUGUAGAAAAAUACUUCAAGAAUACAAAGCAGAAUUUUGAAUGUCAACAGUGUCAGAUUUCUCCUAAUUGUUCUUGUUGUCGCUGAAAUUAGUACUCAGAAACCAAUUGGAAUCUGUGUAGGGAAAAGAGCAAUUUGCCAAACAUGAAAAACCAAAAGUAAAUUUUGCUGCCCGAAUGAACUGCCAAUCGAAGGGCAAUAAAGACUUGGAGGUAUUUUGAUGUAUUAAACAAUGAGUUAAAAUCAAAAGUGAAACAUCUCAAGACUCCAGUCCUUGUAAUACAGGCAUGUGUGUAUGAAAGGUUAGAGAGAAGGAGAGAAUGACUUGAACUGAAGAGGCAUGCUCCAAAGUAAAAAAAGACAAUAGACUGUUUAUGUCUGAAAUGACAGUAGAAAAGGAGAGCUUUACCGGUGAUGUGGUUUAAGUGAGUGGUCAGUUGGUCCUGUAGGGCUAUGUUGUGAUUAUUGACGGUGUGGUCCUGAAAGUGAAACAUUUUCGUUUUUUUUUAAACUAUUUCCCUGUUUCAUGGGACUGAAGCGUCAUCUUUUUAUUUUUCCACUCUUUUCAUAAAUGAAAUGAAUUGUACUGUAUGCAAUGGAUCUUGUAAACGUGAUAUUGUAGAUAAAAUUGCAUACUUAAUGUUGUUGUGCUACUGAUGUUGAGCUUGAUUACAAAAAUAAGAAAUAAGAUUUCCACUAUAAUCUCAAGGGGCGUGUCCUUAGUGUAUACAGCUAGCAGGCACUGUCACCAUUAUUUGUGUGAAUGUAAGUGGCACUUUAUCCUUUGCUAUGGGGACAGAGCAUGUAAACAAAAAUGUGAACUUUUCCACGAAACAAAGAAGUGGUGUUCAAAUGUUACCUAAAAAGGAACAAGAGCCAUCGCUCUGAAAUGGACACAUGAAUGACAAAAGUAUUUUGUGAAAUAUAUCUGUCAUUGCCACCAUCUUGUGUGUAUUGUGUAUGUGUCAUUUGCAUAUUUGUUGUAGUAAAAAUAUUUUUUGUGUAUUCCCUAGAAAAAUAUACUUGAAAAUAUUUUCAUUUCACCAAAGUAUGCAUAAAUUAUAUUUUUGUGAUAUUGACUAAAAUUCUGCUACAUUUUGAAAUGUAGGCUUACCCCUACAUUUGUUGGAUUUUUACUUCAAAAUAUUAACAAUCAUUAACAUUAAGUACUUAUUUCAUUGUAAUCAAUACAGACAUGAUAGAGAAAUGCUGUGAUCUCUUGACUGUAAAAAACAACAAACAUCUUUGAUUAUUUUUAUUAAAGUUGUGAUGAGGAGCUUUCUUCUUCUUUUUAAAACCCAAAUGGCUAGUGUCAACAUCAUGCUUUACCAACAUCUGUUAUUGACUGACUGUUGACAAUAGUACAUACCCAACAAACAAAAUGGUGGCUAUCAGUUCACUAAUAAGGCUACUACAUCCAAUUGUGCAGAGAUCUGUGUCAAUUGGCCACUGUUUACAAAUACAACAUCACUAAUUUAUUGUAAAGCUUCUUUUCAAAUCUCAUUGAUUGAUAUCAAAUGCCAUGGAGUCCACAUUCUUAUAUAGUGUGUUUAUUACUAUGUAUUUAACCAGGAAAAUACAAUGGCUUUGGAGGUGUCCAAAGUGUUGUGUAUGAUGCAAUAGCAGCCAAAAUGAUCACUCUACUGUACACUAAUCAUACAGUAGUCAUCGCAACACAUACUGUCAUGUAUUUCUAUGGAUGUAAAAAAUAACUAUGAUAAUACUAAACGUGUAACAACAUA